AGACCCACGGUCUCGUGUGACGUAAUCCUCUCCGUUUCACCAGGCAGGCCCUUAUCUAGAGGUCUCUGUAAAUAAAGCUAUUAAAACGGUGUAUUCAGAACUAACAGUCGUGUGUGUGAAUAUAACGUGAUCGAUGAGUGUUCAGUGUUUCAGAGAUCCUCUCACGGAGAGACGGACGCUCGGGUAAUGAUGAUGUCGGAUACUUAGGAUGUUUUGCUGCUCUGAGGAAAAGCAUUUUUGAGUUAUGAACCGCCAGUGAACGUCAGUUGUGCUGCUUUAUAAACGCAUGUGCGCCAGAGUGAUGGAGAGUGACUGUAGGAUCCCCAUGUCCUGUCUGAGACCCCGGAUCCUGGCCCUGCAUGCGCUAUUCUGGGGUUUAGUGUCUCUCAGAGUGUUUGGAGCAGCUCUUCUUAGCGAUGAGAAGGCAGCAGUUGCAGUGACAAAGGCAAUGACAGCACCAUGUUGGCAGCUGGAGGAGUUUGUGGUGGCUAAAGAGUGCAGUGCAUGCGAAGGUUUCCAUUCGUCAAUACCAGCCUGCAGCCAAACAGGGUUUGUAGAAACCAUCAACUGCACUAAGUCUAACAGAGAAGAGUUCAAGAGCUGUCGCUCAGCCAAAAUGGAGGAGCAUCUCUUCUGGAAGUUUGAGGCCACAAUGCUGGCUCUCACUGUUGUGUUUGCAAUAGUGGUGGUCGUAAGGCAACGCUCACUCGACCGCCAGGCCUCAGACAAGGUUCGGAGACAGAUAGAAUGUAUUUAGUUGACCGGGCGGACUAAAAGUGGGUGUUAUAAACUCUCAGAAACCCAACAGUUCAUGGAGACUUCCAGACUUUAUCACUGGUUUAUUCUUACUGGACGCACAAAGACAAAGCUCUGAACGGACACGGUGUGCUCUUACUCCCCCAACUGACAUUACUGGUGGAUGAUGCUUCUCUGCAGGAUCUAACUUUAGUGGACUAGAUGUGAACAUCCAUUCAAAUCAACAAACAGUAUGCAAGACAGGAGUAAGACAGUCCCUAUUUUGUAACAGAAGAUGUACAGCUCUGCGAUUACCUGUUCUUUCAAAUGCUGUGAAGGUGGUGUG